AUGGCCGACACCGACCAGGCCAUUGCCGAGGUGUACCGCAAAAUCGAGCGGGAAAAGGCUCUAAUCAACGCCGCCACUCAUAUGCGACAGUCGACCAACAAUGCCGCAGUACAGGCCCGCGUCGACAGCAACAUCCGCGAUGGAAGACGGAACAUUAGCUACUUGGAAGACAAAUUGCAGGAAUUACAACUUCGCAAGCGAGGCGGUGUAAAUGACGACGGUGCUCCCGCUCCGCCUGUUCAUGGCGGAGCGGGCUAUCAGACUUCUGAUGGUCGCGGUUCGCGACAGUACCCCGCGGGAGGCGGCCCUACUCCUCCUCCCAAAGACCAGCGAGGGUAUCUUACCGGCGACAGAGGCGACUAUGGAGACCCUGGCCCCGGCGGGUACAGCCAGGGCGGUACUGGCAUGAUGCCACCACGGGCUCCCUACGGUGACCCCAGGCCCUACGCUGCUCCCAUCCCCAAAGCGCGCCCGAAUUUCUCAAAAUUAGAUUUGAUCAAAUAUGACACCCCAUACCUCGGCCCUAAAAUCCAGCUUAUGCUCUCACAACUUGAAUUCAAAUUGUCGGUAGAGAAGCAAUACAAAGCCGGCAUCGAGAAAAUGGUGCGCUUGUAUCAAGAUGAAGGGGACAGGAAAAGCAGACUCGAUGCAGAAGGCCGUCGCAUUGAAAGCAACCAGAAAGUCCAGUUGCUCAAACAGGCGCUGAAGAGAUAUAUGGAUCUGCAUGUCGAUAUUGAGUCAACAGAUGUAGCUGACGAUGACAGCCUCAACGCCCCCAACAUGCGAAAACCAUUGACCGGGCACCUGGAGAUGCGCAUCCAUGCCAUCAAGGACGUGGAUCACGCGGCAUCGUCACGGUUUUCGAGGGGCCCGGAAACGUUCGUCAUCAUGAAAGUAGAGGACAACAUUCGAGCCAAAACUAGAGCAACACGGACGGACAAAUGGACAGAAGAGAUCCAUCAUGUUGACAUCGACAAAGCGAACGAGAUAGAAUUGACGGUUUAUGACAAGGCUGGCGACCGACCGACCCCUAUUGGUUUUCUCUGGAUCCGCAUUUCAGAUAUUGCGGAAGAGAUGCGACGGAAAAAGAUAGAAUCUGAGUUCAACCAAAACGGAUGGGUGCCGGCUGACAAGAUGGCCAACGGCGGAAGCCCCGGUAAAGCAGGGCCCGAUCUUCAGGCUGCUCCCUCCAUGCCUCCUGGAGACGCGGCUGGCGCUGGCCCGGCGGCUGGUUUCCCUCAGAACGCCCAACCGCUCAUGAUUGACUCUUGGUUCUCCCUCGAACCAGCCGGCAGAAUCCACCUUACGAUGAGUUUUCAGAAACAGACAGGGGCUCGACGUCCGUUCGACAUUGGUCUCAAUCGUCAAGGUGCUGUCCGCCAGAAGAAGGAGGAAGUGCAUGAGAAGCAAGGGCACAAAUUUGUCAAGCAACAAUUCUACAACGUCAUGCGCUGUGCGUUAUGCGGUGAUUUCCUCAAGUAUUCCGCCGGCAUGCAAUGCGCCGAUUGCAAAUACACCUGUCACACCAAGUGCUAUCCGAAAGUCGUCACGAAAUGCAUUAGCAAGGCGAACUACGAAACAGAUCCGGACGAAGAGAAGAUCAACCACCGUAUCCCACAUCGUUUCGACAACUUCUCGAACAUCGGAGCCAAUUGGUGUUGCCAUUGCGGCUAUCUAUUGCCGCUUGGAAGGCGCAAUGCGAAGCGGUGUUCGGAGUGUGGUCUUACCUGCCACGCCCAUUGUCAGCAUCUUGUCCCUGACUUUUGCGGCAUGUCUAUGAUUGUGGCCAACGAGAUCCUCGAGACUAUCCAAAGGACGAAGAAUCACAACAAGUCCUCCUCCGUUAGUUCUGGAAUGAGCGGCCGAACAUUGAGGCCGACUUCCGGCAGACCAGGCCCUGCGUCUCCCACCCAGAGUUACACCUCGGAGGCAACCGCGUUGACGCCGCAGCUCUCAAACCAAUCCUAUGAUCAUCAUCCUCCCGAGCCUCCGAAGCCGUCAGCUGCAGCAAAGAGUGCGGCUCAGACAUUAUUGUAUAAUCAAACUACGCAGUCUCAAUCUCAGCAGCAGCAAAGACCGAUCCCCCAUCGACCCGUGUCCUCGGUAGCGGUUCAAGCUGCGGCAGCUGCUACCAGUCGCCCUCCACCCCAGCCAUACCACCAGAGCUACUCUGAUUAUAGCCCGCAGAAAGCUGCCGUUGAUCGGUACGCCAAUGCAAGGCCCCCGGCUCCAGAAGCGCAGCCACCUCAUGCCUCGUAUGAUCCUCGCGCGUAUCAGCAGUAUGAUCGGCAGCCAACACAACCGCAAAUGCCACACCAAGCUCCACAGCAGCCGCCUAUUCCUCAGCAAAGAGCCCAGCAAACCCAGCCAAGUUAUGCACCCGUGCCCGUCAAGCCCGCCCCAUCCCAGCAACAACAAGUUGCCACGCCACCUUCAGGACGGGGCUCGGGACCUCGAAUUGGUUUGGACCACUUCAACUUCCUGGCAGUCUUGGGUAAGGGUAACUUCGGGAAGGUCAUGCUCGCAGAGGCCAAGAGCUCGAAGAAACUCUACGCCAUCAAAGUGUUGAAGAAGGAAUUCAUCAUUGAAAAUGACGAAGUUGAGUCUACGAAAUCCGAGAAGCGGGUCUUCCUGAUUGCCAACAAGGAGAGGCAUCCAUUCCUGCUCAAUUUGCAUGCUUGCUUCCAGACGGAAACUAGGGUUUAUUUCGUCAUGGAGUAUAUUUCCGGCGGAGAUCUGAUGUUGCACAUUCAGCGAGGACAGUUUGGCCUUAAGCGAGCUCAGUUCUAUGCCGCUGAGGUAUGCUUGGCUCUCAAGUAUUUCCACGAGAACGGCGUCAUCUACCGAGAUUUGAAAUUGGACAACAUCCUGUUGACCUUGGACGGCCAUAUCAAGAUUGCCGACUACGGUCUUUGCAAAGAGGAUAUGUGGUAUGGGUCCACAACAUCCACCUUUUGCGGCACGCCCGAAUUCAUGGCUCCCGAAAUUCUUUUGGACAAGAAGUAUGGUCGUGCUGUUGACUGGUGGGCGUUUGGGGUACUUAUCUACCAAAUGCUGCUACAACAGUCACCGUUCCGGGGUGAGGACGAAGAUGAGAUUUAUGACGCUAUUCUCGCCGACGAACCGUUGUAUCCCAUUCAUAUGCCCCGUGACAGUGUGUCCAUCCUGCAGAAGUUACUCACCAGGGAGCCGGAACUGCGCCUGGGCAGCGGACCCGGUGAUGCCCAGGAGGUCAUGAGCCAUGCUUUUUUCAAAGGAAUCAACUGGGAUGACAUCUAUUACAAGCGCGUACCCACGCCCUUCAAACCCACCAUCAAAAACGAGAAGGACACCAGCAACUUUGACCAGGAGUUCACCAGCGUAACCCCUGUGCUGACACCGGUGCAAAGUGUUCUUUCGCCGGCUCACCAAGAAGAAUUCCGAGGCUUUUCGUAUUCGGCCGAUUUUAUCUGA